CUCCUGACAGAAGAUUAAAUAGAAAAUACAGAGAGAGAAACAACCUGACGGGAGAGAUGAAUCGUUCCCGGAGGAUCCGAAACAACACCAUCAAAAUGCCUACAGUACUGUCAAUGCCGCAACCAAUGUGUCUAAUAGAAAAUGAUGGGAGUAAUCUGGUGGUCAAUAAAGAAGCUGAGAAACUUCUCUCAGAAAUCUUUGAACCGUUGAUAGUCGUGGCCAUUGUGGGAAAAUAUAGGACUGGAAAAUCUUUUUUGAUGAAUCGGCUGGCUGGGUGCAACAAAGGCUUUCCCCUGGGGUCCAGUAUCCAAUCAAAGACUAAAGGUAUCUGGAUGUGGUGUGUCCCUCACCCUCAGAAACCUGGACAUGUUCUGGUUCUGCUGGACACAGAGGGGCUAGGAGACGUGGAGAAGGGGAACAGUAAAAAUGACACCUGGAUCUUCUCCUUGACUGUUCUGCUGAGCAGCGCUCUGGUCUAUAACAGUAUUGGGACCAUCGAUCAACAAGCCAUCGAGCAACUGCACUUUGUCACUGAACUAACUGAGACCAUAAAGCUGAAGUCCACAGAUACCAGAGAGGAGAUGGAGGAAUACAAGAAGAUCUUGCCAUCGUUUACCUGGUGCGUCCGAGACUUUUGCCUAGAACUGAAGAGGGAUGACAAAGAAAUAUCAGAAGAUGAAUAUCUAAUGAUGAGUCUAGAAGUCAAAGCAGGUGAAAACUUUCAAAACUACAACCUCCCUCGUGAAUGCAUCCGAAACUUUUUCUCCUCUCACAAAUGCUUCGUAUUUGACCGCCCAACUUCUAAGAAAAACCUCCAACGUCUGGAUGAGCUGCGGGAGAGCGAACUGGAGGAAGAGUUUGUGGGACAGGCGGCCAACUUCUAUGACCAUAUGAUCAGGAGCUCUGGGGUUAAAAUGCUACCCGGUGGAAUCACAGUCACUGGGAAAAUUUUAGGCAAUCUCGCCUCCUUGUAUGUGGACACUAUCAAGAGCGGAUCGGUUCCAUGCAUGGAGAAUGCCGUCCUGGCUUUGUCAGAGAUUGAAAAUACGGGAGCUUUGCAAGACGCCCUGUCCAUAUAUGAAUGCGAGAUGAAUAAAAAUGUCGCUAAAUUCCCAACGCUGAGCGAGUUAGAGUUCGUGAACAUGCACAAGAAAUGUGGGAGAAAAGCCACUACAGUCUUCAUGAAACGUUCACUGAAUGAUGAGGAUGAGAAAUAUCUGCGAGAACUGAAGAUGCAGAUUGGAAAGAGAGAGAAAGAAUUUAUGAAAACAAAUGAAGAUCUUUCUAGAGCCUUUUGCAAUAACCUUCUCAAGAACCUCAGUGUGACCAUGCAAAAUGGGCUCAUGCAGGGGCGUUACUCCAGACCAGGAGGACAUAGGCUUUUCUUAAUGGAUAAGCAAGAAUUCCUGCAAAAAUAUGACAGAAUGCCAGGAAAGGGAGUAAAGUCUCUUGAGGUGCUGGAAGCUUUUAUACAUGAAAACAAGAACAUUGAAGCUUCCAUCCUCGCAGCCGAGAACAGGGCCACUCAGGCGGAGCAGCGCCUAGCAGAGUCUCACUACCGGACCAUGCAAGCACAAUGGCGGAGACAAUCUGUGGAGCAGCAAUCCAGAGAUCUGCAGCAGUCCAUGGUCCGACAGAGCGCAAGUCAACAGCAACAUAUAAACUCCCUUAUAGAAAUGAUGGAGCAGAACAGAAAGAGGAUCCUCCAGGAAAACAAUUUGAGGAUAGCUCAGAGUCUUCAGGCCCAACAAUCCAGACUGAGUUCAUCGCAUCAACGAACUCUGAAUGAAAUGCAAAGAAAUAUUGAGGAAUCCCAAAGACGGAACAACCAGAGACAAUCCAGCGGAGGGGGAUGUAUUCUGAGUUAAAGCCAAGAGGAUUAUAUAAAAACUCAGUGCAGCAAGGUUUCCCAACCAUUGUGCCUCCAGCUGUUACAAAACCACACAUCCCAGCCAGGGCCGGUUUUAGGCUUAGCGUGGCCCUAGGCAAAAUCAAAAGUGGGGCCCCAAAAGUCGUAAUAGUGCACUAACCAGAUUUGAACAUUUUUGGUCACUUCAAAAAUACUAUAAAAAAAUAUCUAAAAAGCAAUUGAAAAGUUCCAUCAAAACAAAAAUGGUACCGAUAAAAAUGACCCUAACAUCCCCAUAUACAGAAAGAUAAAGGAGUUGUAGGGAUCAGAAUAGUAUAAUUUUAUAUUUUUGUAUAGUCCCCCCACAUUAGGUAGGCAGUAUGACCCCCCACAUUAGGUAGACAGUAUAGUACCCCCCACAUUAGGUAAAGAGUAUAGCUCCCCACAUUAGGUGCAGUAUAGUUUCCCCACAUUAGGUGCAGUUUAGCUCCCAACAUUAGGUGCAGUAUAGUUCCCCACUUUAGGUGCGGUAUAGUUCCCCACAUUACGUGCAGUAUAGUUCCCCACAUUAGGUGCAGUAUAGUUCCCCACAUUAGGUGCAGUAUAGUCCCCCACAUUAGGUGCAGUAUAGUUCCCCACAUUAGGUGCAGUAUAGUUCCCCCACAUUAGGUGCGGUAUAGUUCCCCACAUUAGGUGCAGUAUAGUCCCCCACAUUAGGUGCAGUAUAGUUCCCCACAUUAGGUGCAGUAUAGUUCCCCACAUUAGGUGCAGUAUAGUUCCCCACAUUAGGUGCAGUAUACAGUAGUUCCCCCACAUUAGGUGCAGUAUAGUUCCCCACAUUAGGUGCAGUAUAGUCCCCCACAUUAGGUGCAGUAUAGUUCCCCACAUUAGGUGCAGUAUAGUUCCCCCACAUUAGGUGCGGUAUAGUUCCCCACAUUACGUGCAGUAUAGUUCCCCACAUUAGGUGCAGUAUAGUUCCCCACAUUAGGUGCAGUAUAGUCCCCCACAUUAGGUGCGGUAUAGUUCCCCACAUUAGGUGCAGUAUAGUCCCCCACAUUAGGUGCAGUAUAGUUCCCCACAUUAGGUGCAGUAUAGUUCCCCACAUUAGGUGCAGUAUAGUUCCCCACAUUAGGUGCAGUAUACAGUAGUUCCCCCACAUUAGGUGCAGUAUAGUUCCCCACAUUAGGUGCAGUAUAGUUCCCCACAUUAGGUGCAGUAUACAGUAGUUCCCCCACAUUAGGUGCAGUAUACAGUAGUUCCCCCACGUUAGGUGCAGUAUACAGUAGUUCCCCCACGUUAGGUGCAGUAUACAGUAGUUCCCCCACGUUAGGUGCAGUAUACAGUAGUUCCCCCACGUUAGGUGCAGUAUACAGUAGUUCCCCCACGUUAGGUGCAGUAUACAGUAGUUCCCCCACGUUAGGUGCAGUAUACAGUAGUUCCCCCACAUUAGGUGCAGUAUACAGUAGUUCCCCCACAUUAGGUGCAGUAUACAGUAGUUCCCCCACAUUAGGUGCAGUAUACAGUAGUCCCCCACAUUAGGUGCAGUAUACAGUAGUUCCCCACAUUAGGUGCAGUAUACAGUAGUCCCCCACAUUAGGUGCAGUAUACAGUAGUCCCCACAUUAGGUGCAGUAUACAGUAGUCCCCCCACAUUAGGUGCAGUAUACAGUAGUUCCCCCACAUUAGGUGCAGUAUACAGUUGUUCCAUCACAUUAGGUGCAGUAUACAGUAGUUCCCCCACAUUAGGUGCAGUCUACAGUAGUCCCCCACAUUAUGUGUAGUAUACAGUAGUCCCCCACAUUAGGGGCAGUAUUGUUCCCCCACAUUAGGAGCAGUAUACAGUAGUUUCCCCACAUUAGGUGCAGUAUACAGUAGUUCCCCCACAUUAGGUGCAGUAUAGUCCCCCACAUUAGGUGAAGUAUACAGUAGUUCCCCCACAUUAGGUGCAGUAUGUUCCCCCACAGACAUACAGCCUUCAGCCAUAUACAGUGUAUGGCUGGAGGCUGUAUGCCUGUUUACUGCCCCACUUCAGUGUUCCGACCACUGCUCCGGGGUCACGAUCUACUGCUAGAGUGGUGGUCGGAACACUGAAGAUGACCGCUGGUCACGUCCUCCUCACUGCUCCGCUCCGCUGUACUGUUGCUAUGGGCGCACGCACAGGACGUCAGUGACGUCACUGCGUGCGCUUCCUCCCAGUGGCCCCUGCGUUUUUAAAGUUGACGCGGGCCGCUAUGAGGUAAACGGGUCAUCCUUGUGUCCUGAAAAGAUUUUUCGGGACACAGGAAUGUCCCGAAUGUGACGGGGGCCUCCUGCGAGCACGGGGCCUGGAGCUGGUCACUGUUUUAAAGUGGUGGUGGCCGGGCUGCUAAUCUUUAACAAGCAGCCAAUUCUGCGGCCACUUUAAAACAGUUGCCCCCCCCCUUACUGAGCAGCCGGGGGGAUGGGGGCCCUAGGCAAUUGCCUGGUUUGCCACGCCAGAAUGCCGGCCCUGAUCCCAGCAUGCUCAGACAGCCCAAAGCAGUUUAGUAGGGGCCCCUCUCUACAUGGGCCCCAUAGAAGUCUCAACAUCUAACACUAUGGAAAGUACAGUAUUAACUUUGGGAAUUCCUUUGCUGGGAUAAGUAUUAUUAUGUAACUGCCAUUUAAAGGACAUCUGCAGUGGAAAACACUUAUCCUCUAUCCACUGGAUAGGGGAUAAGUGUUUUGUGAUGUCCCAGUACAGGACAUGGUCCUGCACUACACUUAGGCCCUGUCAAGUUGAGUCCCUCGGUGACCUGGGGGCAGGGCCGGAAUAAGAGCAUCAUGGGCCUGGUGCUGAAGAUUGUGAUGGGCCUUUUUAUCAAAGUAUAUAUAUGUUCCCCUCACAUAUAAUGCCCCAUGUCCUGCCCCCUCAGGGGGCAUUAUAUGUGAGGGGCACAGGACAUGGGGCAUUAUAUGUGAGGGGCACAGGACAGGGCGGCAUUACAAGUAAGGGACAAAUGUCAGGGGGGCAUUAUAGGUGCAUUAUAUGGGCACAUGACAGGGGGGGCCCCUGUCAUGUGCCCUCACAAAUAAUACCCCCUGUCCUGUGCUCAUCACAAAUAAUGCCCCCCUGUCAUGUACCCCGCAUAUAUAAUACCCCCUGUCCUGUGCCCCUCACAGAUAAUGCCCCAUGUCCUGUGUCCCUCACAGAUAAUGCCCCAUGUCCUGUGUCCCUCACAUAUAAUGCCCCCCUGUCCUGUGCCCCUCACAGAUAAUGCCCCAUGUCCUGUGUCCCUCACAUAUAAUGCCCCCCUGUCCCGUGCCCCUCACAGAUAAUGCCCCAUGUCCUUUGUCCCUCCAAUAUAAUGCCCCUCACAGAUAAUGCCCCAUGUCCUUUGUCCCUCACAUAUAAUGCCCCCCUGUUAUAAUGCCCCUCACUUAUAAUUUGCCCUUUUCUGUGCAUGCACACCGCCCCCCCUUCCACCAAGUUUUUAUAAUUCCCCUGUACCAUACGGCCCCCGAGCACCUCUCUCCAGCUGUCACAUUUCUCACACGCUGCUCCGUUCUUGCAGCGUGAGAGCUGCUGGGAGGUGAUCUUCAGGCACCAGCGUAAUGAUGUGACGUCAUCGCGCCGGCCUGCCGUGGAUGGUGUCCCCGAGGCUCACACUGCAAGAAUGCAGCAGCGUGUGAGAAAUGGGAGGGAAUGGUGGAGCGGGACAGCUGACCACUCCCGCUCCACCAUGCUAUAGUACAGAAGGGGCAACAAUCUCAGGGGCAAUUGCCCCAUUGCCCCCCCCCCCCUGGAUCUGCCACUGGCAGCACGGAGGUGAUAGAGCAGGGGUCUCAAACUCAAAUUAUCUGGGGGCCACUGGAGGUAGCAGCUGGGUGAGGCUGGGUCGCAUGCGCCCUUAUAUAUAAUGCCCCCAUCAUGCGCCCCUUACAUAUAAUGUCCCCAUCAUGCGCCCCUCAUCAUCCACCAGCAACACCCCCCACCAGAAAUAGCACCCCCCCCCCACAUUCCCCUACCCCUGUGUGGUAAUAGCAUGAGCUUAUGGAUGAUGGGGGUGCUACUUCUGGGGGGGGGGCAUUAGGCAGGCAGCAGUUUCCCCACAUUAGGAAGGUAGCGGUUUCCCCACAUUAGGUAGGUAGCAUGUACCCCACAUUAGGUAGUAGCAGGCUCCCCACACUAGGUAGAAGCAGGUUCCCCACAUUAGGUAGCAUUGUCGUCGGCCCCACAUAUAUACACACACAGACACACAAACGUACACACAAAGACACACACAGACAGACACACACACAUAUACACACACACAGACACACACAAGUACACACAGACACACACACAGACACACACACAGACAGACACACACAGACACACAGACACACACAUAUAGACACACUUACCUGUCCUGCACUGCACUUCUCCUCUCCGCCGGCGGCCUGACGAGUGACAUCACUGACGUCCUGUGCGGGUCUGCGGAGGGACGUCACAUGCGCGAUGUCCCUCAUCAGACUCGGGCCGGCCAACCAGAGACCGGGAGGAGGAGGGCGAGGUAAGGGUAAGAAGUUACCUGCCUGGCGCUCGGAACUGCAUGUCCCGGGCAUCGGGCAAUACAAAUUUCACAUACCGCAAACUUUCAUUCUGCGGGCUGGGAGUUUGAGGCUUGAUUGUCGCGGGCGCCGGUCGGUCGGUGGGGGCCGUUUGUGCGGGCCUAUUUUAACGCAGAGGCCUGCAGCUGCCGCUCCAUCCGCCCCUACGUUAUUCCGGCCCUGCCUGGGGGCUUUCCUGCUCUUAUUAUAGUGUUAUUUAAUGUUAUAGGAUUAUAGUCAGUGUGUCAAUGUAUAGUUAGUAUAAAGGACCUUUGGAAAACUCCAGUACAUGUCUAAAGGACCUGUGAAAUGUCACAUGUUAUGUUUAUGUUAUCAUGUUACCUAGAGGGCACCAGCUUAACACAUGACCCGCAGCUUGACCAAUGGGCUUUGGCUCAGCCCCCUCUAUAUAAGGGGCGGCCAUUACAAUUCUUUCUUUUAUACCAUCAUCACUUUCCUGAGACCAGCAAACACCAGAGAUCUCAGUGCUAGUGUCCAGUAUCUGGAAGGCCUCAAAUCUACAGUCAUUCCAGUAAGUCAAGUCUAUGUCUGCUGUCACUAUCUACAGCCUAGAGAAGCCUCAAAUCAAUUACCUAAUGUCUAUUACAAGAAUAAUUGGUCCCAGCAAGCUGCGAGGUCCUUCUGUGUUCCUGGCCACCUCUCUGGGAUUCUGGACUAGCUGUGAAGAUAAUAACAACUGACUGACCUCAGUAAAGCCUCCGUUAAACCAUAACCUGGUUGUGGACCCUCAUUUUCACUGCCCAGCUAUUGGAAUAGUGUAGAUACCGUUUGGGUGGUAUCUGGCAUCACAAACAAUAAGGGUUAAUAACACCUUGCCCCUGGGGUAAUACCAUCUUACCCCAUCCACCUACACUGCUACACCCCGUGGUCCCGCCAUCACCGCGGGUCACCACAGUUUGAUCGCAGGGGGGUCCGACCACUGGGACCCCCUGCGAUCUCCUAAACGGGGCCACGGCAUUAGCGCUCAGUGUGAGCGCUAACCUGAGGGGUUGCGUUGACCUGAGAGGUCGACGGUUACACCCCCUACCCGCCCUGUCCCCAUACAGUUCCAUGGGA